AUGGGGAUGUCCACAUCCAUUCCUGAUGUUGCAGUGCAGGCCUCAACUGCUUCAGAGCAUUACGUAAGCUCUCCACCUCCAGAAUGCCCAACGCACCAAGUAAAAGAAAAACGCUGUCCAUUGAAUAAAAACCCAUCUGAUAAACCUUGUGGAAGUCAAUCUAAUUCAGUACCUGCACAUCAGGAUCAAGCAUAUGAAUAUGUGGAAUGUCCUGUAACAGCUGGCCAUCAUAGUAAAGAUAAUAUAGAUCCUUCAGACAUGAUGCCACCACCUAAUCAGACACUAUCAUCAAUUCCCAGGGCAGAUUCAGAAAAAAAGUGGGUUUACCCUUCAGAACAGAUGUUUUGGAAUGCCAUGUUAAGAAAAGGGUGGAAAUGGAAAGAUGAUGACAUCAGUCAGAAAGAUAUGUAUAAUAUUACUAAGAUUCACAAUCAGAAUAAUGAACAGGCUUGGAAGGAGAUUUUAAAAUGGGAAGCUCUUCAUGGUGCUGAGUGCCAUUGUGGGCCAACACUGAUCCGAUUUGGAGGCAAAGCUAAGGACUAUUCACCAAGAGCUAAAAUUUGCUCAUGGAUGGGAUAUGAAUUGCCAUUAGACAGAAAUGACUGGAUUGUUAAUCAUUGUGGAACAGAAGUUAGAUAUGUUAUUGAUUAUUAUGAUAGUGGAUAA